UUGAAACCUAUGACAAAAGAAGAAUGGGAAAAACAACAAAGUAUAGUGAGAAAAGUUUAUGAUCCUGAAACUGGACGGCAUCGAUUGAUAAAAGGAGAUGGAGAGGUAAUAGAAGAAAUAGUUAGUAAAGAGAGACAUAAAGAAAUAAACAAAACUGCAACAAAAGGUGAUGGGUUAUAUUACCAAACACAAGCAGGUUUAAACAGAUAG